CUAGCGAGCCAAAGCCAAGAGCGCCUAGCAGCGAAGCAUAAGCUCAUCUCUCUCCACGCAACUAACAAGACCAAGCCCAUCACGAAUUGAUCGAUCUCGAGCAAUGGCGACCAUCACCAAGAACGCCCUGAUGCUCCUCCUGCUGGCGGCCCUCCCUCUCGCCGCCCUCUCCUCCCGCGCCGGCCCGUCCGCGCACAAAAGCCACGGCCACGGCCACGGGCCCAGGCACGGGCACCCACCGCCUCCUUCACCUCUUCCUCCGCCCCCGGCCGCCGCGCCACCACCCGCGGCCGCCGCGCUGGUGCGCGCCACCUGCAACUCCACGGCCUACCCGGACCUCUGCGUGUCCGCGCUGGGCGCCGACCCGUCCAGCGCCACGGCCGACUUGCGCGGUCUCUCCGCGAUCGCCGUCUCGGCCGCGGCCGCCAACGCCUCGGGAGGCGCCGCCGCGGCCGCCGCGCUGGCCAACGGCACCGCCCCGGAGGGCACGGCCGCGCAGGCUCCCCCUUCCGCCGACGCCGCCGUGCAGGCGCUGCUCCGCACCUGCGCCGCCAAGUACGGCCAGGCUCGCGACGCGCUGGGCGCGGCCAGGGACUCCAUCGCGGCGCAGGACUACGACUUCGCGUCCGUGCACGUCAGCGCCGCCGCCGAGUACCCGCAGGUGUGCAGGGCGCUGUUCUGGCGGCAGAGGCCCGGGCAGUACCCCGCGGAGCUGGCGGCCAGGGAGGAGGCGCUCAGGCAGCUCUGCUCCGUCGCGAACGACAUCAUCGCCCUCCUCUCCAACAGCAGCUAGCUCAUGGCUGAUGAUCCGCUGCUCCAAUCAUCGUUCAUUAACUUGGCUAGUGAGCCUACGUGUAAUGACACGUAUGUCGUCUCUGUGAUUUUGGUAGCAUAGCACUAGCACUCCACUUGUUAAUCUGUAUGUAGUCCAGUGUCGAGUUGAUUAAUAUGGAGUACGUACGUAUCUCUGUACUGUCAGUCUGUCAGUGUCAGUUAACUACUGAAGACGAAAUGUUCUCAUAUAUGUUGAGGAUUAAAAUUCAGUUCAGAGAA